GUCGUUUCCAAGAUUGGGCACCCCCACUACCGCCACCAAAUCUUGCGCAAGCGCGUUAGGUCCUGGUCGCUAUGCGGGUGCUUGUGGGUGGCGGGACUGGCUUCAUUGGGACAGCCCUAACCCAGUUGCUGAAAGCCAGGGGCCACGAAGUGACGUUGGUCUCCCGAAAGCCGGGGCCCGAUCGGAUCACGUGGGAUGAACUUGCUACGUCGGGGCUGCCCCGCUGCGAUGCCGCUGUCAACCUGGCGGGAGAGAACAUCCUCAACCCUCUCCGAAGGUGGAAUGAAACCUUCCAAAAAGAGGUUCUCAGCAGCCGCUUGGAGACCACCCAGAUACUGGCUAGAGCCAUCAACAAGGCCCCACAACCCCCCCAGGCCUGGGUCUUAGUCACUGGUGUAGCUUACUACCAGCCCAGCCUGACUGUGGAGUAUGAUGAGGACAGCCCAGGAGGGGAUUUUGACUUUUUCUCCAACCUGGUAACCAAAUGGGAAGCUGCAGCCAGGCUUCCUGGAGAGUCUACACGCCAGGUGGUGGUGCGCUCAGGGGUUGUGCUGGGCCGUGGGGGCGGUGCCAUCGGUCACAUGCUACUGCCCUUCCGCCUGGGCCUGGGGGGCCCCAUUGGCCCGGGCCACCAGUUCUUCCCCUGGAUUCAUAUCAGGGACCUGGCAGGAAUCCUGACCCAUGCCGUCGAAGCAAGCCACGUGCAGGGGGUCCUGAAUGGAGUGGCUCCAGCCCCCACCACUACAAAUGCUGAGUUUGCCAAGGCCUUCGGUGCCGCCCUGAGCCGCCCAGCCUUCAUUCCUCUCCCCAGCGUGGUGGUGCAGGCGGUCUUUGGACGAGAGCGUGCCAUAAUGCUGCUGGAGGGCCAGAAGGUGGUCCCACGGCGGACACUGGCCACGGGCUACCAGUAUUCCUUCCCAGAGUUAGGGGCUGCAUUGAAGGAAGUCGUAGCCUAAGUGGGGAGGCUCCUGGCAGGGCCUGAGGCCUGCCCCUCUACAGAGGCUUCCUGGUUAGAGACUGAAUACGCUCAGGUACUCCUCUGAGACCUGAAACCCUCUGGUUCUUAGGGAUUCCCCUCCCUGCCCUCCUUCUCAUUGUUCUGUUGCUCCACCUUAUUUAACUGAGAGACUGUCCACAGUGUCACGGUUGCAGUCUCAUCAAGCUGGGUCCUUAACCUCUUCAACUCCUUGUAAAAGAAUUUCCAAGUUUGGUUUCCCUACGUGUUCCAUUACUGUCCCAGGUAUCCUUUAUAUGUUGUGUAGAAUGCUCUGCUAUUGAGGCAAUAAAGAUAAAUUAUCUCACAG